GUGUAUAAAGGUGAUCCUUCUUCCGCGCUGGUUGUCACUUCAAUGCGUCUCCGCCUUGCCCAGGGACGCAGGGAAUUGCGCCAACACGGCCGGUGUCUAGGUUUAUUCAGGUCGUUCCUCCAGCACCCAACCAGCGGAUACUCAAUCCAGGGGCCACAAUAGGACCCUUCGUGCCGUGCCGGACGCCACAUCCUUCAGCCACGAUGCAUAUCGCCUCGAUCACAGUAGGCCUUCUGGGCGUUCUAGCUGCUGGUGUCUCGAGCAUACCCACCUCACCAGCUGCCGGUAUUGCAACCCGCCAAGCCACUUGCACCACAGACAACGCCAUUGUCCGCAAGGAAUGGACUGCCAUGACCCGGGCUGAGCGCCUUGCUUACAUCUCUGGCAUCAAGUGCUUGCAAUCUCUGCCUUCGCGUUUCCCUGCAGGUCUCAUCCCUGCCGCCAUCAACAACUACGACGACUUCACGGCGGUGCACAUCAACCAAUCCUUCUCGAUCCACAUCUCGGGCACCUUCCUCUCAUGGCAUCGCGAGAUGUUGCACAUCCUCGAAGGGGAGCUACACUCAAAGUGCAACUACCCGGUGCAGCUUGGCAUUCCGUACUGGAACUGGCUCAAGGAUCCCCUGCUCGACGUGUCUCCCAUCUUCUCGGGCGCCGACGACACUCUUGGCUCGAACGGCGAUCCUGACCCGAACCCGCAGCCGAUCCAGCUGACCGAGAACGUCUCCAUCCCUCACGGCACUGGCGGGCUUUGUGUGACCAAGGGCCCAUUCGCGAACAUGGAGAUCCGCUUCGGCCCCUUCUCUCCGUUGCUCAUACCCGGCGGCGUGAUACCUGCGAACUGGACGGCCUCUAACCCCCGCUGUCUGACGCGGGAUUUCAACCCCUACAUUUCGACGACACACUUGAACGUAGCCUUUGUCACGCUGCUGCAGGCAUCCUUGACAAUUGCCGAUUUUCAGGACCGGUUGACGCCGACCGCGUUGGGGGUCACGGGCUUGGGCUUGCAUCGCGCGGGACAUCUUGCGUUGGGUGGACCAGCGAGCGAUUUCUUUGCCAGUCCUCAGGAUCCAAGCUUCUUCCUACACCAUUCUCAGGUGGAUCGCAUGUGGACGAUCUGGCAGGACAGCGACAUCACCAGCGGACGACGGUACGCGUACAACGGGACCAGCACGACGAACAGCCCAGUCGGGGUCACGCCCGAGGUGAACAACUCGACCGUCAUCACUUUUGGCCCACUUGGGGAAAGCAUUUCCUUAGGGGAAGCGGCGGACCCCAUGGCAGGGAGGUACUGCUACCGAUAUGAGUAAGGUAGGUUGUCGAGCGGCUUCGGCAGAAUGGAGAUGCUCAAGUAUAGGUCACAGGAGGCUUGUUUGCCACUGUAAUAGUUUACUGCUACUGCAGGAGUUGACCGCCAUGACCGAUCGAGCAAGGGUCUUUGACUGUGGCUGGAACAUUCACAUCUUGUUAGAAGCGCAUCCACAAGCACAUACGACCAUAGGAUCAAGAAAAUUGAGGGUCCCGUCCGCUCCCCUGUUACACAAGCUUGAUACCGCCGAACUAGUAGUUGGGUCGGUGACGACCAGCGAAUCCUCGGUGUUGUAUGUUUUAUUUUUAUUUUUCGGCUUUCAUCAUUUUUGUCAUUUUUCCGGUCCUCGUUUGCUGCCACGUUGUCGUGGUAUUGCAGCACGACAGUGGGACAUCGCCAUCGGCUACCCUUCGCCAGAGUGGAGGUUUCCAUUGACUGGGUUUCGAUACAGUCUUUGCAUACAUGAUCAAUGAAACAGUCUCUUCCAAUUCCGUGGCUUGU